AUUAAGGGUGUUUUUUUUCUAUUUCACACGUGGGUAGUGAACAGCACUGAGCAACAUGGCUGCGUGCAAUGUGGAAGAGCUGUUGGCUAAAGCUGAGCAAGAAGAGGCAGAAAAACUGAGAAGUAUCUCCGUCCACAAAGAGUUGGACCUAGAGUUUGACGUCGGUAACCUUCUGGCGUGUGACAAAAACCGCAUUGAGUCAAGGGACCUCAGGGAGCAGAAGAAAGAGGACUUCUUGCGGUCUUUAGCUCGUGAUAACACACAGCUUCUCAUCAACGAGAUCUGGAAACAACCCACGCAAAGGGUCGAGGAAGCGAUAGUGGCCAAAUUACCGGACCCGACGACCCCGCUGCCCAGAGAGAAGCCGCCUCCGAAGCCCAAACCUCCGACGAAAUGGGAGCAGUUCGCCAAACUAAAGGGCAUUCAGAAGAAGAAGAAGACCAACUUAGUUUGGGAUGAAACAGCGAAGGAGUGGAAGAGGCGCUGGGGCUACAAGAGGGCUAACGAUAACACCAAGGAAUGGCUUAUUGAAGUGCCGGAGACCGCAGACCCAAAUGCGGACCAGUUCGCCAAACGCGUCACAGCCAAGAAGGAGAGAGUGGCCAGAAACGAGCUCAACAGGCUGAAGAACAUCGCCAGGGCGCAGAAAGUCAAAGUCCCAGGUGUGGGACUGACCCCCACAGCACAGCAGUCCAAAAACGAGCUCGCCAGAGCCGUGAGUGUGGCCAAAACCUCCACAGCAUCCGUGGGGAGGUUCCAGGACCGGCUGCCCAAAGAGAAACCACCAAAGAACACAGGCAAGAAGAGGAAGUUUGAGCCCCUCAUCAGUGACUUUUCUAAUGAGAGGCAGAAGCAGCUGGAGCUUCUGAAAAUCAUGGACAGCAAGAAGCCAAAGUUGGACAUCACCAAGGCUGUCAAUAAACAGAUGAGAGAGGAGGACAGGGAGGAGGCCACAGCUAAAUACAAGAAGGGAGCAGGGAAGAAAGGAAGCAAAGGCAACAUGUCAGGAAAAGGCAAAGGAAAGGGUGGGAAAGGGAAAGGGAAAGGAAAGGGAGGUAGAGCAGGAGCAGCAGCAGGAGGAGGAGGACAGAAGAAGAGAUCUAAACCUGGAAAGCACUGAGGACUCUCACCUCCUGUGUCCUGCUUCAUUAGGUUGUGCCUUGGGAUCAAAGCGUUGGUCUUGACAUUCAUGAUGCCAUAUGAAAUGACUGUUUGAUUCACCUGUGAAUGAUGGGUGUGAUGUUGUGACUGUCCAGGAUUUUUGUGACUCUUCCACUUUAUGUAAAUUAAUUCUACUGUAAAUUGGUCCCAAUGUGUGUAAUCUUAAUGUAAAAUACUUUAAUUUGCAGCUCAAAUUAAAAUCAGGUGAUAGUG